AUGUCCGAGUCUGCUGAAUCGACUGCGGCCGCGGCCGCGGCCCGGGCCUUCGGUGCUCACCUGGAGGAUGACGAUGGACUCGACGGCGAGUUUGGCACGGCCACCGAGUACCCCGACCAGCUCGACUACUAUUCCCUACUGGGUCUUGCACAGAAACCUCCUCCUACCGACACCGAAAUUCGAUCCGCAUACCGCAACCUGACCUUGAUGUUCCACCCGGACAAGCAACCGUCGCAUUUACAGCAAUCUGCCGAGCAGCAUUUCAAGCGCAUCCAAACUGCAUAUGAUACCCUGAUUGAUCCCAAGAAGCGCGUGGUAUAUGAUUUACUGGGAGCUGAAGGCGUGGCUAAAGAAUGGGGUCAUGGUGGUGCAAUGGGCGUGGGAGGGGACGCCGAGAGGCAGCAAGUGGGCGUCAAGGCCAUGACGCCGCAGCAAUUUCGUCGCUGGUUCACAAAGACUAUGAAGAGGCGCGAACGCAAAGCAGUACAAGAAAUGGUCGACAGUCGGGGCUCCAUCACCCUCGGAAUCAAUGCGUCUUCGACUAUUCGUGUGGACGAGGAUGAUGAUGUGACUAUCCAGAUCCCGGAUACGGUUGUUCCGGUGUCUUACGCUGCCAAGUACUCAUUUCAGACUCCUCUAAACUUACCGACAUUUGGGAAGAAGGUAAAAGAAGAGGAAGUGCCGCUCCAAAAGAAGGAAAAGCCAGACGAAAGCACGGCGGAGGAAGAAGAAGAGGAGGAGGAAGUAGAAGAUCCUGUGCAUGUGACAUUCAGUGCAGGAAUCGCCGGCAACAUUGUUCAUCGCGUGCAACCGGCAAAGGCUCGAUUCGAGGAUGGCACGGAGGAAGAGAUGCAAAUUCCCUUGCCUCCAGUUUUGAUUGCCAAUAAUAUAAGUCUGGGCGCCACCUUGACACCCAAUGUCAGCGAGUUGAUCGGCACCAAAGGUAUAUGGAAUAACCAGCUAUUUUCAACUUUGAGGGAUUCAACUGUCCUUGUAGAAGCCAAUGUUUUACCUGUUCCAAUUUUGAGGACAACCGUUGCCCGGGCCUUCCAGCCGAUUCCUGGCAUCAAGCCUUUCCAGGUUACUACGAAAACCACCUUUAUGCGCUCCCUGUUGGAGUCCCCACCUUCCUUAGAAGUGCAUGUCACCAAGGAAGUUGCGUCAAGGAAGCUUGCCUUCUGUGCUUGGUCAAGUGGUCUCUGGUACUAUCCAGAUUUCCUACUUGACAACUUCUUUUUCCGUGGGAUGACAGUGGAGGACAUGUAUGCCUCUGCUGGCGAUCUCAGCAGUCUCCAAGUCGGCCUGAUCUCCCUGCCAAAACAGCCACUAAACGUCGUUUCCAUGGAUGAGGAUGAUGCAGAGACUGAAGAGGCAGAAUUGCGCCGACACCUCCAGAAGAAGCAGAUGACUGAUCGUGCCGCCGAGUCUUGGCAGACUUUUGUUCAAGUUUCUCCCGGGGGAGGUGGUCUGGGUCUAACAUAUUCACGAAACCUGUUCUCAGGGACGCCGGCUGACGAUCCUUUGAAGUCAGAAUGGAGUGACGAAGGCUAUGCCCCAAUGGCGAAGAUGGAGGAUGCCCGAGCUGUACGUCUAGAGGUUUCCAGUACAGUCAGCCCGAAUCUCUCCUUCGUAUGGAGUCUCAAAGGGACCCGCCGGGUCGGUGAAUUCACCAAGAUGGGUGUUGGAAUUGGCUUCGCUGAUCAGGGUAUUUUGAUGACCAUUGGCUGGAGCCGACUGGGCCAGGGUCUCAACUUGCCCAUCGUACUUUGCUCCAAGGACGAGGCUACCCACGAUGCUGCUAUUUUGGCAAGCAUCUUCACAUGGGCUAGCUAUCUUGCAAUCGAAUUUGGCUACGUCCGACCGCGCGACAGAAAGCGACGUCGCGAGGCGGCUGCUCGUCGUCACAACCAACUGAAGAAGCUGGUUCCACAGAAGCGCGCCGAAAGUGAACAGGCCAUCCAGCUCAUGGGAGACCAAGUUCGGAGGCGACAGGUGCGCGAGCAUGAACAGGAUGGUCUAGUGAUCGACCGGGCUGAAUAUGGAUACUGGCCACCGGCGGAUCGCAAACCCAAGCCUGGAUUUGAAGAGCCUCGCACGACCGAUGUAAUCUUCCCCGUAGCUAACCUCGUCGACCGGGGUCAGCUGGUGAUCGGUGCGAAGACCGUCAAACAUCAAAUAAUCGGAUUCCAUGACCCAGCACCGCUACUGAAGAAGCGGUUGAAGAUCUGGUACACUUUCCAAAACCGGUCUCACUUUGUGGACAUUGGCGACAAAGAGGGUGUUAUCUUGCCUCAGCGAGCCCAUGUCUGUCCUGAAUCCGAACAGUUCAAUCCGCUGGCUACUUAG